GAGUAUGUCCUGUUUUGCUUCCUAAAAACAGCUGGGAUCAUUCGCAGUAACCUCUAUAUUUAGCCCUUCUUUUACGUCCAAGUACAGUUUUGAGGGAUGGAUAAAAGUAAGAAGAAGAAAAGUUACCACAGGAGAAAGAAAAGACUUCAGUUAGACGAAGACGAAAGUGGCUGUUCAAAAAAUUAUUCCAGUAAUAAGCGGUCAGAAUCAUCUACCUCAACAAGAAGUUCAACAGCUUUACGAUUAACAGCAGUUUCUUCAUCAGGUUCUGAUGCAGGACCUGCGGCAACUACCUCAUUGUCCAGAUUAUCCCAGAGAGCAACCCCUUCUCUACCACCACCAACAACAACUACCACUAGUAUUAAUGCAAGUGUUUUGCCGGGAAGAAUUAGUCAAGAUGCCGCCACACCACCAUUAAACGAAAACAAAUCAAGCGAGAAUUCUGAAGGCAAUGCAGCUCAGUCAACACCACCUAGAGCAGGAUCAGCAUCACCGGAUCCAAACUGCGCGAUAUGUUUGGGAAAACUUGAGAACAAAUCAUUUACAGACAGUUGUUUUCAUCAGUUCUGCUUUGUAUGCUUAGUUGAAUGGUCGAAGGUGAAAGCAGAAUGCCCGCUAUGCAAGCAGUCAUUUAAAAGUAUCGUACACAAUGUGAGAUCAUAUGAUGAUUACGAUCAGUAUCACAUUCCACGACCAGAGGAGAGGAAUCCACUUCAUGAACUCUCAGGUCCUGGUGGUAUUCGUUUCAGAUACAGGACCACUGUCACAGAUCAUCGCUAUGCUACACUGGCUGAUCGUAUUAACAGGGAAAUUGAAAGUCGUCUGCUACAGCGACCAUCGAGAUCACUGCCAAUUCCUAAUUAUAGACGCCUUCGACAGCCAGCUAACUCGGACUUCAGACGUAGCAUCUAUUUACAACGGCUGAAAUUAGACACUCAGCAGUUGAAUACUAGAAGACGUGUGAGGGAGACAUCGCCAACAUUUUUCCGUGAUAAUCCCGCUCAGACUCAUCGUCUUGUGCCAUGGGUGAACAGGGAACUGAAUGCUCUUCUUCAAGGUCAUGGCGAACAAGUAGCAUUUGUCCUUGACCUCAUUAUGGGUUUGAUAAAAAGAUAUCCAAUAGAUAGCGAAGAGUUUUAUCAACAUGUGUUCCCAUACAUUGGCCGUCACACUCGCCAAUUCAUGCAAGAGUUUUUGACGUUUGCCAGAUCACCAUACCAUAUGGCAGCUUACGAUCGUCACAGUUCAUAUGUUCCCAGUGAUGAACCGCAUCAUGAUUCAGAUUCUGACUCAGAUCACAGAGCAGCUAUAAGGGAUGAUGGUAAUGAUAGUGAUGUUAUAGUGGUCUCCCCUGGAAAUUCUCCAGUGUCUGAAAAUAGGAACCGUCAACCUCCACCUCCAAGAAGAGAAGAUAGCAGCUUAGAUAAUUGGGAAAACAGUGUCCUGACAGCUGGAGAUCCAUAUUUUCCUGGUUUUGCUCCAAUUAUGAGGACAUACAGGAAUGAGGAUCUUCCUUCUAUGCAUCCUUACACAGGAUUAAGGCCUGACUAUGCACCAACUUCGGCAUCAGGUUGGGAUUCUCCAACCCCAGGACCAAGUCAGCUGGGGAUAAAUAUUGCACCUAUAGAUCAUUCCAGCUUGAGUUCAGGGCUGUCUACUCAGUUAUUAAACACCGGUCUAAUGACGGGAGGCUCUAUAUGGACACCCUCCUCAAGAAGUUUCAGUGCACCAAGUUCCCAGCCAUUACCUUCAACCAGCAGCAUUUUUGGCAAUUUGUUUGACUCUGUAAAUUUAAUGCCAAGACUGCCACGGUCUAGUACCCAGACAGAACCAUCCUCUCCACAAGGAGGCCCUUCUAUAUUUUCUUCUUAUUGCCCUGGAACUAAAUCUGAUUCAGAUGACAGUGAUGUAGAAAUUAUUGAAGUUGAAAAACCUUGGAAUGAACGUAGUCCAAUACGACUGUCUUCAGGCGGUGAUACUGACUAUGAUGUAAUGAUAACAGGAACUACACAUAUAAAUGACCCCAUCAAAACGGAAAAAAAGAAAAAGAAACACAAAAGAAGGCAGGAAGAGAGAUCAGUUGAUCAUGAUAAAGAGAAGCGUAAAAGGAGCAGAGAUACUUCAAGAGAAAGACAUUCCAAGAAAAAACGUCACAAGUCCAGGUCAAAAUCACCAAGAUUCCAACAAGUCUAUUCAAGGUCAAGGACAAGGUCAGUCUCACCUCUAAGAUUAACAAUAAUCCGAUCACCGGAUUACCAGCACAAAAAGUUUGCGUACAAGACUCAUAGUGAUAAAUCUGAAGAAGUCCUACCUUAUCGAAAUCCAUAUUUAAGUAAUAGAAGCACUGAAAUGUCGAGGUCACUUUCAAGUUCAGAUUCUGACUCCGAAUCUCACCUGGCUAUUACAUCACAUAGGCAUAGUUCAAAAUCAAAACAAACUAGCAUAGAAAUUGUGGAGUACAGGAAAAGAAGUUCGAAAUCAAAAAAGAGUAAAAAACAUAAAAAGAACAAAGGAGCUGAUAAGCAUAUAGAAAGUGAUGAUGACCUAGACAUUAGAGCUCAUCAUAAACAUAAGAAAAACAAGGCAAGAGAAGAAGAGAAAAGGAGGAAAUCUAAAUAUGAUGGACAUACAUCUUCUGGGUCACAUAAAAAACAAAAACAUAAAUCAAAGAAAAAUAAGCAUAAAGAGAAAAAACAUUCUGAAAGUAAGUCAAAAGGAGAAGAAUUUCCUCUGAAACUAUGUUCUGAUAAUAGUUUUAAUAGGGCACCUAGUAAGGGGAUGCUAGAGAAAUCGGCAGUAUAUACUAGUGAUUCAGAUCCUGAUAGCACUAGUGAAAUUGAUGUAGAAAGUGUUCCUGAAAAAGUAAUUUCUGAUCCUGUUUUGAAACCUCCUGAUUUUGGUCCAACUGGUGUAGAAUUUGUUGAAGUAGAUGCAGCACAGGCUGCUGUGAUUGACCAAGAAUUGGACACUAUCAAUAAAACUCUAUCUAAUAAUGAUUAUAUUAAUUCCUUAUUGACUGGCAACAUUGACAAUCAAAGGAAAGAAGCUACUGAUAUUGCAAAUAAUGAUCCUAACAGAAUGGUCAAUCCAAAUGAUGUUUUUAAUCAGAGAUCAUUUAAAAAACAUCCUUUUGGACAUAAGAAAUCGAGUAAAUCUUCUCACAAUUCUGCCACUUCAAAUAUCACCAAUAUGCAAGCAAGGGAAGAAAAAUCAAGGCUUGAACCAUUGCAUGAUACAAUAAAUUUGGAUAGAAUACCUAAUCUUGAAGACAAUAUACAGUCGCAUGAUAUCACUUCUUGCUCAGAUAUUGAUAUUGAUAAACAAUUGCCUUCUUUUCUCACUUUUUCAAAUCGUAAUUCAAACUUAUUUGAUACAUAUCAAAAUUCAUCAAGUCUGCUCAACAGUCCUGAAAAUAGAAAUUAUGGAUCUUCUUUUAACAGAAAAAGAUGUUCAAAUGCAACUGCUUCUUAUGAGUCCCCCACAAGCAGUGGACUUUUCAGUGGUAGAGAAAACGAAAAAAAUGAUGUCACAAGUAAAGAUAAUGAAACUGUUGAUGUUGAUAUGAUGUCUGAUGAUUCAGAUGUAGACAUAACUGGUGUAACUGUUCCUAUUGAACCAAAUUCACUUGUUACAUACAGGACAAGUAAUGAUAGCGUGAAAAUAGAUAAUACAAAAGAUUUUAUUGACGUUGUUGGUGAUUCAAAUGAUGAGCAGAGUGAUGAAGAAGUUGAAAAUAUUGAUAAAGCUCUGGAUGACUGGUGUCAGUUUCAAGACAGAAGCAGUCUAGAAAAAGAUCACAUGGACAAUGUAUCUGACAUCGAUGUUGAAAAUGGUGAUUCUGAUAUAGAAUGCUCACUAGUAGAAGGACAUAAAACAUUUGAGAUAGAUGGUGACUCAGAAAAUGAAAAGGUUGCCGAAAAGUCUGGGGACGUUGGAAAUGGUUCUGAUAUUGAUGUUAUAGGUAAUUCAGAUGAUGAAAUAGUGAUACAGGCAGAUGAAGAAAAAGAAGUCACUCGUAAAAACACAAACAUUAAAAAGGUUAUGACACUUGACCUUGAUUCUAAUUCAGAAACAGAUCUUGAUUAUAACUGUGAGGAUGUGAACAGUGUUUUAGACAAUAAUGAUAGUAAAUCUGAAAGUGAUACUGAUAGGUAUGAAGAAUCAGAAGAUAAUGUAGAAAUGAGUCCCAAACAUAUAACUAAUGAUAACAUUGAUACAGAGGAUAAACUUUCAAAAAUAGUACAAGACAGCAGUAGAGAUUUGGCUUUAUCUUCUUAUAAAGAAGAACAUAUUGCCAGUAAUUUUGUUGGGCAGCUUGGUGCUGAAAAUUAUGGAGAACAAAAGCUUGAACAAACUAUGAAUACUGAACAAACAGUAGAUAAAAGAUCUGUUUCAACAGGACAGUUAGAAUCACCUGCAGAAAGGACUUCAGUAGCUUCUAAUCCAAGUGAUGAUACUCCAGCUGUGUCUGAGCCUGGGGGCUUUAGAUGGACUGCAAACCCUGUCUAUGAAGCUAGACCUUUAUCAGUUACAGGUUCAGGUGAUACAAGACCAUUCACUAACAGAGAAAGGUCCACACCAGAACAAGAAUAUAUUAUCAAUUUACCAAGGGACAGAACUCCUUCCUGGGAAUAUGGUUCACCACAUUCUCUUGCAUCAGUUUCCUCCCAUGCAGCAUCAGUAUCUCCUGAUUUACGGGACAGAGGCUUUGAUGAAGAUUUCAUGCCAGAAGAUUAAGCAUUUUCUUUGCUACUUUCAGACUGAAACCGGUUAGUUUAUUAGCAAACUCUUCCUGUUUCAUCCUGAUGAUGGUCUAUAUCUGACCAAAAUCAGAGUAACAAAACCAUGUAAACUUUGCCCAGGUUAUGAUGUGUUGUUUCCCCGUUACCUUUUUAGCUCACCUGUCACACAGUGACAAGGUGAGCUAUUGUGACCGCUUGAUGUCCGUUGUGCGUCGUCAGUCGUGCAUAGUCCGUCGUCCGUCAACAAUUUCUAAAAAAAUCUUCUUCUUGAAAACCACUGGACAGAAUUACACCAAACUUCACAGGGAUGAUCCUUGGAUGGCCCCCUUUCAAAAUUGUUCAAAGAAUUGAAUUCCAUACAGAACUCUGGUUGCCAUGGCAACCGAAAGGAAAAACUUUAAAAAUGUUCUUCUCAGAAACCAGAAGCCCUAGAGCUUAGAUAUUUGGUUUGAAGCAUUGCCUAGUGGACCUCUACCAAAUUUGUUCAAAUCAUGACCCCAGGGUCAAAAUUGACCCCGCCCCAGGGGUCACUUGAUUUUACAUAGGAAAAUCUUAAAAAAUCUUCUUCUCAAAAACCAGAAGCCCUAGAGCUUAGAUAUUUGACAUGUAGCAUUGCCUAGUGGACCUCUACUAUAGUUGUUCAAAUCAUGACCCCGGGGUCAAAAUUGACCCCGCCCCAGGGGUCACUUGAUUUAACAUAGGAAAAUCUUCAAAACAUCUUCUUCUCAAAAACCAGAAGCCCUAGAGCUUAGAUAUUACAAAAUUUGUUAAAAUCAUGACCUCCGGGAUCAGAUUGACCCACGCCCCAUGGGGUUACUUGAUUGUACAUAAAAAAUUCUUCAAAAAUUUUCAAAAAAAAAACAAGAAGGCCUAGAGCUUAGAUAUUUCACAUGUAGCAUUGCCUAGUGGAUCUCUACAAAUUUGUUUAAAUCAUGACACCUGGGGUCAAAAUUGACCCUGCCCCAGGGGUUACUUGAUUUUGUUUUUCUUUUUGGUUAAAUUUUUCAGUUUCUUGUCCUUAAGUGCAAUGAUAACAGGUGAGCGAUAUAGGGCCAUUAUGGCCCUCUUGUUUAUAGAUAGUUUUCGUUCUACUUCAGUUCAUAUUACAUUGCAUAGUAAGCCUUUAUUAGAUUUUACUGAUAUUUAAACAGCAUUGAAAUUGAUUGAAACUUAAAGUGAUACAUAAGCUAGAGUAGUUUAAAGGAAAUAUAAUUUAGUUAUAGAUAUUUUGGUCUUGUCUAUUCAUCUCUCCUUAACUAUUUUUACAUAUGAAUGUUUUGUGUAUAACAGUCAUAGAAAACAUGUAUUUUUAGAAAUGUUGUAUUUUGGCCAGUUUAAGUCUGAAAUCUAGACUUUGACGAUAAAGUGCUAAAAUUUCAUUUUGCUCUGAGGUUGUGAGAUAAACACAAAUUAUAAUGAAACAUGAAUAAUGUAAUAUAAUAAUGAAAAAAUAAUGAAAGUCGGCAGCUACAGUUGGCUAAACAAAAUUUAUUUAGUAUGUAUGUACUAUAAAGAAACCAUUGAAAAUUGAAUAUUUGCUGUUCAUAAGUCAAAGCCUAAGUUUCAGACUUAAAAUGUUGAAGAAUAAGAUCCCAGAUCAUCUUGGGUUGGUUUAAUUGAUUUAGCUGGAUUAUGUGAACAAAUGGUAGAACUAUUGGACUCACUUGUGCGUCUUAUCUGUGUCGGUGUUGGUGUCCCGAUUUGGUUAAGUUUUUGUUUGUAAGGUAGUGUCUCAGUAACCACUUGGGGGAAUAGAUCGAAACUUCACACACUUAUUUAGUGUGAUAAACUGACUUAGAUUACACGUGUUCCACAACUCUAUUUUGCUUUUUACAAAAUUAUGCCUCUUUUUAGCUCACCUGUCACAAAGUGACAAGGUGAGCUUUUGUGAUAGCGCGGCGUCCAUCGUCCGUCCGUGCGUGCGUCCGUAAACUUUUGCUUGUGACCACUCUAGAGGUCACAUUUUUUGUGGGAUCUUUAUGAAAGUUGGUCAGAAUGUUCAUCUUGAUGAUAUCUAGGUCAGGUUCGAAACUGGGUCACAUGCCAUCAAAAACUAGGUCAGUAGGUCUAAAAAUAGAAAACCUUGUGACCUCUCUAGAGGCCAUAUAUUUCACAAGAUCUUCAUGAAAAUUGGUCAGAAUGUUCACCUUGAUGAUAUCUAGGUCAAGUUCGAAACUGGGUCACGUGCGGUCUAAAACUAGGUCAGUAGGUCUAAAAAUAGAAAAACCUUGUGACGUCUCUAGAGGCCAUAUAUUUCACAAGAUCUUCAUGAAAAUUGGUCAGAAUGUUCACCUUGAUGAUAUCUAGGUCAAGUUCGAAACUGGGUCACGUGCCGUCAAUUACUAGGUCAGUAGGUCAAAUAAUAGAAAAACCUUGUGACCUCUCUAAAGGCCAUAUUUUUCAUGGGAUCUGUAUGAAAAUUGGUCUGAGUAUUCAUCUUGAUGAUGUUUAGGUCAGGUUUGAAACUGGGAUAGUGCGGUCAAAAACAAGGUCAGUAGGUCUAACAAGAGGGCCAAGAUUGCCCUAGGUCGCUCACCUGAGAAACACACCAUAACACACCAUAACAGCUAGUGUAAACAUGUUUGACCUAAUGAUUGCAUGGAAAAAAAUAUUCUGAACAAUUAUCAUUAAAACUGGAGCAAAAAAUCUUGAGAUUAAAUAAGUAUUUUCUUUCAUUUGACCUAGUGAGACUGACCUAGUUUUUGACCCCAGACUACCCAUAUUCAAACUUGACCUAGAUUUCAUCAAGCCAACCAUUCUGACCAAAUUUUAUGAAAUCCAGUGUAAAAUGCAGUCCCUAUUGCAUACACAAGGUUUUUCCUUGAUUUGACUUAGUGACCUAGUUUUUAAACCCAGAUGACCCAUUUUCGAACUCGGCCUAGAUUUCAUCAAGAUAAUCAUUCUGACCAAAUUUCAUGAAGAUCAGUUGAAAAAUACAGCCUCUAUCGCAUACACAAGCUAAAUGUUGACAGACAGAUGACAGACUCCUGACGCCGGACACCGAGCGAUCAGAAAAACUCACCUGAGCAUUGCUCAGGUGAGCUAAAAAUAGAAAAACCUUGUGACCUCUCUAGAGGCCAUAUAUUUCAUGAGAUCUUCAUGAAAAUUGGUCAGAAUGUUCACCUUGAUGAUAUCUAGGUCAGGUUCGAAAGUGGGUCACGUGCCUUCAAAAACUAGGUCAGUAGGUCAGAUAAUAGAAAAACCUUGUGACCUCUCUAGAGACCAUAUUUUUCAAUGGAUCUUCAUGAAAAUUGGUCAGAAUUUUUAUCUUGAUAAUAUCUAGGUCAAGUUCAAAACUGGGUCACAUGAGCUCAAAAACUAGGUCACUAUGUCAAAUAAUAGAAAAAACGACGUCAUACUCAAAACUGGGUCAUGUGGGAAGAGGUGAGCGAUUCAGGACCAUCAUGGUCCUCUUGUUUAACUUUUAUAUUCAUUUAAUUGACAAGGCUGUUGAAUAGUCAAGCGUUGCUGUCCUCCAAGAGCAGUUGUUUUUAAUGGCAGUAUUUUCAAACAUUGCAAAACCUAGAUCGGUAUAUUUAAUCUGGAUUUACUUUUUCUGACUGAAUAACUUUAAUUUUGCUUUCUAUUAAGUGAUAACAUAUGUAUUAUGUAGGGAUUAUGUAAUCUUAUUUAUUAUAUCAGAUUUAUAUAGCGCCCUUUCAUAAUAAACACAUUCAAAGGCACUUUACAUAUACUGCAGCCACACAGGGCGCGAAAUCAUCCUCUACUACUACAGACACAGAGAGAUCUGACCAGAGGGACAGAGUGAGAUAAAGCCCCCAUAACAGACAGAGAGAACUUUUCAGAUACAGACGUGUCCGGCUAACUUGGCCUAGCUCUUUUCGAAUAGACAGUCUGGUUCUUUAACAUGUCCGGUGUAUAGCACCGAUACACGCGAAGCCGUCUUUCCUGGGAAGAACCAGUACAGGCCUCUAGUUAGGUGGGAGACACUCAAGAGCAUCUUAGAAUUUGUAAUGUCCAGUGCCUGGACUGGGAUUCGAACCCCGGACCUCUGGAUUGACAGUCAAACGUGUUACCACUAGACCACCGGCCCACCUGUGAUUCGUAUCAUAGCCAGAUGGUGAAGACCAGUUAUGAGAGGAAGGUUUAUAUAAUUAUUAUUGACAGCACCUCCUAAAAUUGAAAUAAUUAUACAAUUACUAUUAAGAGUGAGGUUUUAAAAUACCGUCAAUGCUAGUUAGAACACUUAAGAGUGUACCUUGCCGCUUUACAUAUUUUUGCAGAUAUUUUUACAAUGUAUCCACAACCAAAUACUAUUAAAAACAUGUAGCUAUGAUACAGCAAAAGAAGUCUAUUAUAAAAUUUGAAAAAUUGUCAUAAAUGUGGAAGCAUGCCACUUAAUAAGUUUUGAUUUUUAGCUCACCUGUCACAAAGUGACAAGGUGAACUUUUGUGAUCGCGCGGUGUCCGUCCUCCGUGCGUGCGUCCAUGAACUUUUCCAUGUGACAUCUCUAGAGGUCACAUUUUUCAUGGGAUCUUUAUGAAAAUUGGUCAGAAUGUUCAUCUUGGUAAAUUCUAGGUCAAGUUCGAAACUGGGUCACGUGCCGUCAAAAACUAGGUCAGUAGGUCUAAAAAUAGAAAAACCUUGUGACAUCUCUAGAGGCCAUUAUUUUCAAUGGAUCUUCAUGAAAAUUGGUCAGAAUGUUCACCUUGAUGAUAUCUAGGUCAAGUUCGAAACUGGGUCACGUGCAGUCAAAAACUAGGUCAUUAGGUCUAAAAAUAGAAAAACCUUGUGACCUCUCUAGAGGCCAUAAUUUUCAAUGGAUCUUCAUGAAAAUUGGUCAGAAUGUUCACCUUGAUGAUAUCUAGGUCAAGUUCGAAACUGGGUCACGUGGGGUCAAAAACUAGGUCAUUAGGUCUAAAAAUAGAAAAACCUUGUGACCUCUCUAGAGGCCAUAUUUCUAAAUGGAUCUUCAUGAAAAUUGGUCAGAAUGUUCACCUUGAUGAUAUCUAGGUCAAGUUCGAAACUGGGUCAUGUGGGGUUAAAAACUAGGUCAGUAGA